AUGUGUUUCGGAUCCAGCUCUAAGAAAUAGUAAAGCAAACCCAAGCUUUUAAAGCCCAAGCAAAGUUAGUACAAAACUAAGCUCAUUCUUUUAGGUGACAUGAACGUAGGCAAAACUUCAAUCUGCGAGUAUUACAAGAAGAACGUGCCUGCAAAGAACUUGCCAAAUACAAUUGGUGUCACAUAUUUCGAGUUCGACAUCAAACUAGAAAAUGGCAUUAACGUUCACUUAGAUAUUUGGGAUACAGCAGGAUAAGAAAUUUAUUAGUCACUACUAAAGAUAUACUAUCAAGAUGCUAACAUAGUUUUUUUAGUUUUUGAUGUGAGUGCAAGAUAGACUCUUGAACGUGUUGAGUACUGGAUUAGCGAACUCAAAGAGCAAGUAGAUGAUAAAAACCUAAAGUUGGUGUUAAUAGGUAACAAAUGCGACAUAGAUGCAGAUAAGAGGUAAAUCAGUCUUGAGCAAGGUCAAGAUUUUGCUAGAAAUAAAAACAUUCCUUACUUUGAAACUAGUGCAAUCACUGGAGAAGGAAUAGUUGAAGUAUUCCGCUAAACAGUAAAGGACUAUGUGUAAUAUAAGACAAACGGAGGAAAAUGA